GAUGAUGAACUAAAAAGAAUCUUUGUUUUACAGAAAGUGCGGAGUGUCUGCAUGACGGGAGCGCUUCUUGUCCUCAGUGGGGACAUUUAAGUGUUUUCAGCCGUCAGUCCAACCAGCUGUGGACUUUCUCCGGAGUAUAACUUUUUUUGUUGGACUCUGGGAUCUGAACCAACCUGCUCAAAAGAAAACUUUUUUCUAUCCAGGAGGGUCCUCUGUGCGUUUCUGACAUGCCUCUCAGCCCCUUUGUUGCGUUUGUGUUCAUUUUAUACUUCACAGCGGGCUCUGGGACCAUAGUAUAUGACACCUACAAUGACUUUGUAGAACAGGACUACACUCCUCAACUGGACUACAAAGACCCACACUGGUGUCAUUCCCCAAGUCUGACCAAUGGGGAGGUGACCUGCCACUCCCCUCGCGGUGGCGCCUACCGGAGCACGUUGGGCACCCGCUGUGAGAUGAGCUGCGAUCGAGGUUACCGACUGCUGGGGAAGAGCUCAAUCCAAUGCCUCGCCAGCCGACGCUGGUCUGGGACUGCUUACUGCCGCAGGAUGCGUUGCCAUGUGCUGCACCUCAUUCCACACGGCAGAUACACCUGCACUCACGGCUUUGUGGUGGACUCCAGGUGCGGCUUCACCUGCAACCCCGGCUAUCGCAUUGAGGGGGAACACUCUCGUACCUGUCUGCAUGGGGGGUCGUGGAGCGGAGCACAGCCACUCUGCGCAGAUACUGAUCCUCCAAAGAUCAAGUGUCCUCCAUCCAGACUCAAGGUCGCCGAGCCCGGAAAACUCACUGCUACAGUGACCUGGGACCCCCCUGCUGCCACAGAUACUGCUGAUAAAUCCCUUGAAGUCAUAUUAAUAGGCCAGGAGUCAGGCACCGACUUUAAAGAGGGAGUAAACAUCAUCCGUUACAAAGUGUACGAUCAGGCCAGGAACAGAGCUGCCUGCAAGUUUAUUGUACGUGUUGAGGUGAGAAGAUGUUCAACUCUACCUCCACCUCUGCACGGUUCCCUCACCUGCUCCUCUGACGGGAAUAACUACGGCGCAACAUGUGAAUACCACUGUGACGGAGGGUAUGAACUGAGGGGCGUAGCGAGUCGUGUCUGCCAGUUCAACCGCAACUGGGGCGGAAACCCUGCUGAGUGUGUUCCAAUGGAGAUUAAACCAGAUGUAAAGACAGCUUCCGCUCUCCUGGAUCAGUUUUAUGAGAAGAGGAGGUUGCUGAUCAUGUCUGCGCCCAACAUAUCUGACCCAGACUACCAACUGCAGAACAUCAUGAUACAAAAAUCAGACUGUGGAUUAGACCUGCGACAUGUAACUGUGAUCGAGCUCCUGGGCUCCCCGCCUCGUGAGACAGGUCGCAUUAAAGAAAAUCUGCUCAGCUCUGAAGUCAUCGAGGGUUUGAGACAAGCAUUCAGAAUCUCCAGAUCCUACUUCAGCAUGGUGCUGCUGGACAAGCUGGGACUGGACCGAGAACGCUUCAUUACCCCGAUGGCGUCGGAUGAGCUGUUCUCCUACAUCGAUAGCUUCCUGCUGGACGAAGAGGAACGAGAGAGGCUAGAGCUCCACAGGGACUUCUGUGACUAAUUUAAUAAACCUCUCUGGUUGCCACAGUGAUAAACUCAUCAGUAUUACUAACACACGAUGAAGAAGGACAAACAACCAGAAACCAGGUCAAGAGGGACAUUAGGAGGGAAAGAGGACAAGAAGGUAGUUCUAAUCAAAUGUAAUCACUACACAACACUGAAGUGCU